AUGGUGGCAUCUCAUUCUGGCUUCUCAAGUCCACACUGUGGAAAAUCUACAUCUAAUGAUCAUGAUGGUCCUGGAAAGUCACUUACAAAGAAAAGAAAAUAUGAUGAUGAUUAUAUAAAAUAUGGCUUUACAUGCAUUGGUGAUCAAGAAUGUCCAAAACCACUGUGUGUGAUUUGUGGUGAUGUUCUAGCAAACAGCAGCCUCAAACCUUCUCUACUUCGGCGCCAUUUAGAAACUAGGCAUCCUGCACAACUCGACAAGCCUGUUGAUUUUUUCAAGCGAAAAUUAGCUGAGAGGAAAGGUGACAUUACCAGUUUUAUAUCCAAAGCAAGUACUGAUAAUGAAAAUGCACUUGAAGCAUCAUACCGCGUGAGCUACCGAGUAGCUAAAGCAUCAGAAGCCCAUACCAUAGCAGAGAGCUUGAUUGGUCCAUGUAUAAAAGACGUAGUUCAUUGCAUGCUCGGAGAAAAGGCUGCAAAAAGGAUUGACAUGGUACCUUUGUCCAAUAAUUCGUUGUCACGAAGAAUUAAUGACAUGUCAAAUAACGUAGAGACCACAAUUGUACAGAGUGUGAAAAACAGUCCAUAUUAUGCUAUACAGUUGGAUGAAUCAACUGAUGUAGCUAAUCUAGCUAUUUUGCUACUGUUUGUACGUUAUGUGAAUGAAGGUCUGGUUGAAGAAGACUUGUUGUUUUGCCGACCACUGGAAGAACGUACAACUGGAGAAGAUAUCUUCAAUCUGACUAAUGCAUAUUUUCAAGAAAAGGAAAUAGAUUGGUCCCAUUGCCUAAGCAUUUGCACUGAUGGGGCCACAUCAAUGACGGGGAAGUAUACUGGAUUUGUAGCUCGAACAAAAAAGGUUGCAUCAAAAGUCUCUUGGACUCAUUGCAGCAUCCAUAGACAAGCCCUCGCAACAAAACACAUGCCUGAGGGACUGAAGGAAGUGCUGGACAAUGCAGUGAAAAUGGUGAAUUUCAUAAAAUCACGGCCAACAAAUUCCAGAAUAUUUCACGUACUUUGUGAAGAAAUGGGUAGUAUACACGAUUGUCUGUUGACCCAUACUGAAGUUAGAUGGCUCUCAUGGGGCAAAAUCCUGGUGCGCUUGUUUGAGCUUAGAACGGAAAUCCUAGUUUUUUUCAACAGCCACCCUUUCCACCUUGCCAGCUGUAUGGAAAAUAAUGUCUGGCUCCAGAGCCUAGCUUAUUUAGCAGAUAUUUUCUCAAGAAUUAAUGACCUAAAUUUAUCUCUUCAAGGUCUCAAUAUAACAGUUUUCAAUGUGCAAGACCGAGUUGAAUCCAUGAUAAAGAAGUUGCAGUUCUGGGAAAGUUGUUUGGAAAACAAUCAAACUGAGUGUUUCAGUAAUCUUCAUGACUUCCUGGCAGAACAUAAACUUCAGUUGGAUCAGUGCACUAAAACCAAUAUAACUGCACACCUAAAAGGACUUUGCACAACAUUCAGGGAUUACUUUCCAGCUAUAUCAGGCGAUAAUGACUGGAUUCGCAACCCUUUUGAUGAUACCACUUUCUCAACACAGAUAUUGAACACUGAGGAAAAAGAGAAAUUGAUUGAGAUCUCCUGUGAUUACGAACUGAGAAGGAGUUUCAGAAAUCUGUCACUGAUCAACUUUUGGCUGAGUUUAAGAAACGAGUACCCCCUUCUGGCAGAAAAAGCUGCUGCAGUUUUGUUACCAUUUUCAACAACAUACUUAUGCGAGAAAGUGUUUUCCUCGUAUGCACAUCUGAAAACGAAAUACAGAAACAGACUUGAUGCCGAACCAGACCUGAGACUUUAUCUUUCUCCAAAGGUUCCGGACUUCAAAGAGCUAUGCAGAGCAAAGCAAGCGCAUCCAUCACACUGA